AUGGAGCCAAAGCUCCCCCAAGGCCUUGUGGCUAUGUCUAGUGUGUCACCUGGCGAGAUCCUGGAGCAGGAUACAUUAAGUAAUGGUAUCUACAAGAACCUUUGGCAAGCCUACUCGACCUCGUACCUUGCCAGCAAAGAUGAGACUGAACAUCGCCUAGAGCAUCUCUUCUGGAGGAUAUGGGGCGCUAAAGGGCUCUCAAAUCGCAUAAACACCCGUACCCUAGAUCGUCUUAUCCUACGCAUCAAGGCACCGGCAGUAUUAGUCGGACAAAGGGUGACCGUCUCACCGUUGCCUGGGACUGGUGACAAAGAAGAAAAGGUAAACACAAUUUUGUUCCACAUCGCACUAUAUCAACCUCAUGUUGACGAUUCAUGCAAGCCCAUCAAUAAAAACCAGUCAGGCUGCGCUGCUGGAGCCUGUUCUCUCCACCCAAUAUUGAAAAAGCCGCAGCCUUCACCAGUUGAAACACAUAAAGCAACUCGGUUGCUCCUUGACACUCCCCUCGGCACAAAAAUAACACUUGACCCCUCCAACUCUCCUACCGCAAGCAUGGCUGAUGAGCUCGCGCCCAUUCCAGAUCAAGUGGGCCAUCAGCGUCGCAAGAAUACCCAGAUGGAUGCCGAGUCUACUCUCAUGCCAGAGAAGGUUGGAAACCAAGGUUCCAAGAAGACAUCCAUAGCUGGAGAUUCCACUGCCAUUCCCGAGAACGUGGGCCAGCAAGGUCCCAAGAAGACCUACCUUACUGCGACACGCAACGGACGAGGCCCACGCCGCCGCCCAGUCUUCAACCGCCGCAAGUCCUCGCAGACAUCUAUCCCGAAAACCGCACCUCCCAUCCGCCGGCGCUCUGAGCCCAGCACCAAAGCUGAUGGCGCCGACACUGUCUAUGAAGACAGCUAUGUAGAGCUGGGUCUAUUGCAGCACCUCAGCUUCCGCGAUGAAGAAGACCAGAUCGCGCGUGAUCUGGGACGUGAGAUUGCUCCUGAGCCUAAGCCCGCCAAGCCGUCUGUUCCACUAUUUGACGACGAAUUCCUCGAUGAGCCUUCUGUCGUGGAGGCCGCGAAAGCUGCGAAAGCUGCGCCAAAGACAUCUCCUGUUCCUUUCCCGCGAGCUUCUUCCCUCCGGCACCCGAUUUUGAGCCCCGAUGACUUCUGCAAGAUCACACCAUCAUUCAAUGUUAUGGAGAGCCACCUUGACAUGCCUGGUGGACCGCAGCUUGUUCCUCCUGGUGACGUUGAGGGGGAUUGGACGGACAUCGAUGCUCUUGAUUCGACACUUCCUAUCUUGCAGCCUUUCAAGAACUUGGUCUCGCACCAUGAGAAUAUUGACCAAGAUCUCCCGGAUGUACAGCCCGCUGUUCUCCCCGUUGUCAAGGAGGCUUCUUUGCUGUCAUCUGCGAUGAGGGGAGUGAAGUUGUGA